AUGUACGGCGACGUGUUCAACGCCACGGCCGGCCCGGAGGCGGCUGGAGGCGGCGCGCUGGCCCUGGCGGCCACGGUCAAGGCAGAGGGCGCUUUGCCGCUGGAGCUGGCCACGGCGCGCGGCAUGCGGGACGGCGCGGCCACAAAGCCCGACCUGCCCACCUACCUGCUGCUCUUCUUCUUGCUGCUGCUGUCUGUGGCGCUCGUCGUCCUCUUCAUAGGCUGCCAGCUGCGCCACUCGGCCUUCGCCGCGCUGCCCCACGACCGUUCGCUGCGCGACGCCCGUGCGCCCUGGAAGUCGCGGCCGGUGUAG